UACAAAGCAAUGCCAAGAUUCAUCAACUAUGAACUAGUCAAGAAAUGCUCUAUCCAACUACUAAGCAAAAGGCAACUAUAUUGUUUCUUCUCCAAGUCCAUUAGCAGCACUAUCAAACCCCAUCUAGAAGAUGACUUUAAUUCAAGAAUCGUUUUUAUUUCCAAUCAGUCACAAACUGGCCUUAGUUCUGAAAUUGCCCUGUUCAAGGACUUUCAAAUGUUGAAUUCUGGUUCCAAGCCUAAUGCUUAUUCUCUGGUUCACUUGACCCGUGCAUGUACCAAUCUGGGUUGGUUUUCACCUGGUGAACAACUUCACUGUUGCAUUCUAAAAUCUGGGUAUGACAUCAAUGUCUUUGUUACUACAGCUUUGGUCAAUUUCUAUGUCAAGUCUCAGCUUUUGAAUAAGGCUCACCAGUUGUUUGAGGAAAUGACUGAACCAAAUGUAGUUUCUUGGAAUACGUUGAUUUUUGGGUAUGUUCGAUCUGGGCAGUUCACUGCUGCUCUGAACUUGUUUAUUCAGCUCGAAAGAUCGGAACUUUGUUCUGAUUCGUACUCUUUUACAGCUGCUUUAUCAGCAUGCGGACCGCUUGGUUUACGACUAGUUGGAAGGUUAUUACAUGCUAAGAUUGUGAAAUUUGGUGUUGAGUGCAGCAUUGUGGUCUGCAAUUCUUUGAUUGACAUGUAUGGAAAAUGUGGCUCUACCGAAGAAUCAACUAAUGUUUUUAAUAGUAUGAUGGAGAAGGACACUAUUUCUUGGAAUUCUGUCAUAGCGGCAAAUACAAGAAACAACAGGCUUGAACAGGCAUUUGAUUUCUUGCAUCAAAUGCCUGAACCUGAUACUGUUUCAUACAAUGAGGUAAUUAGUGGCAUGGCACAGUUUGGUAACAUAGAAGAUGCUGUUGAAAUGUUAUCAAGAAUGCCAACCCCAAAUUCAUCCUCAUGGAAUUCGAUAAUAACAGGAUAUGUCAACCGAGGCAGAGCAAAAGAAGCUCUACAUUUUUUCCAAAACAUGCAUCGCAAUAAUGUUCUUAUGGAUCAAUUCACCUUUUCAAGUAUAUUAAGUGGCAUUGCCAACAUAUCAGCUGUAACAUGGGGAAGGUUGAUCCAUUGUUGCACAAUUAAGUACGGCGUGAAUGAGACUGUUGUUGUUGGAACUGCUCUCAUUGACAUGUAUUCUAAAUGUGGGCUAAUGAAGGAAGCUGAAAUUCUGUUUGAAUCUCUCCCUGUGAAGAAUCUGAUAACGUGGAACACGAUUAUAUCUGGAUAUGCUCAUAAUGGUAAUUCAGAUGAAGUGAUCCGGCUAUUUGAGCAGUUGAAAUUGGUGAAAGAUUUACAACCAGAUGGUAUUACUUUCGUGAAUGUCUUAGCUGCAUGUUGGCAUAAUAAAAUGUCUCUGCAAGCUGCAAAUGAGUAUUUCAAAUUGAUGGUCAAGCAGUAUGAGAUAUGUCCCAUGCCGGAACACUGUUCUUCGAUGAUUAAGCUCAUGGGACAAGAAGGGGAUGUGAGUAAGGCCGAGAAAAUGAUUUAUGAACUGGGAUUUGAAAACUGUGGAUUAGUUUGGAAAGCAUUACUAGGUGCUUCUGUCACUUGUGGGGAUAUAAAAAUAGCAGAAGUUGCAGCUGCGAAGGUGAUAGAAUUGGAAGGUGAUAACGAGUUUGUCUAUGUACUAAUGUCUAAUAUGUAUGCAUUGCAUAGGAAGUGGAUAGAUGUUGGUGGCACGAGGGAGCAGAUGAAGGAGAGAAAAGUGAGAAAAGAAGCUGGUUGGAGUUGGAUCAUGGGACUAUCGCUCGAAAAGUAAGUAAGCUUGUCCUUGUUUGGUCACAAAUUGAAACACUCGAUGACCUAAAUACAAAUGCAAAAAACGAAAAUGACCUACAACCUUGAACUUCUACGGACAAUAGGAUGUAGGUAGAUUAUUUAAACAGUGAAGAUGAAGAUGAAAAUGUUGGACGGCUAAAUUGGGGAUGGCUGUUUGCCAACUUCAUUGUUGCGUUUAUGAAUCAACACUUACAACAGAAGCACUAACCUACUGAGGAGAAAGAGUGAAUACUCGUUCUGUCCAUUAUUACUACUUGGUUGACAAGUGGAAGUGCUACAACUAUACUGGGAAAUGUUAGCUUAUGUUGCCAUGAUUUGGUUUAGAAGAUGAGAUGCCUGAUCUAAUCAUGCUUGAGGACAACGGAAAGUACUUUUUUAUUAUGUUGGGAAGGUAUCUGUAUAAUGCAAAUAGCCUCUUUUUUGAACUAUUAUUGGGGGGAGUAAAGCUACAAACUAAGCUAGCGUUUGGCCAUAAAUUUCCAAAUUUGUUUUGAAAAUUUUGAUUUGGGUAAA